AUGGACCCUGAAAGCAUGGAGCCUCAUGAUUUCCUGACCAAUAACAGGGCAAGGCGAGCAGAGGAGCAAGACAAGGGAAGAGAGAAGUUCCCAGAGCACAUGAUAUCCGCAGAGCCAAACAACCAGGACAAUCCACAGAGUCAUAUGGCUGGCCAGAAGGAGGUUGGCACUGGGUUGGGUGUCUGCCGCCUGGUGCUACAGAUGGCCAUGGCACAGUGCCCCAGUGGCGGCUGUCUGACCUUCACUUAUGUGCCGGCCCCUCAUGCUGUGGAGUCUAGCAGGCACCAUACAUGGUUUAUCUUGCAACACUUUGUGAAAGGACACUUUCUAGCCCCUGUAGGGCUGGAGAUCCUUGUGGACCACGGGAGCACAGAUGCCCAGGACUGGAGAGUGGAGCCGCUCUGGUAUAACGGCAAGUUCUACAACAGCCCAGAGGAACUGGCUCAGAAGUAUGCAGACGGAGAAGUGGACACGGUGGUCCUCGAGGACCCGCUGUCCCAUGCUGAAUUUCCCAUGUCUGUCAGCAGGGUUGGCCCUCAAGUGGUCCAGCCCAAUGUCCCCUGCUACAACCUACAACACAACACUGUGCUGCAGACACUGUGCUUUUCUUUCCAUCUGCAACCCUCUUCUGGGCUGCAGAUCUUUAAUGUGCCCUUUCCAGGUGAGGGUAUCACCUAUGAGACCAGCAUGCAAGCAGCUGUGGCACUGUAUGGAGGACACACUCCUGCAGGCAUGCAGAUCGAGUACAUGGAUGUGAGCUGGGGCCUGAACCGUGUCAAUUGCCAGUUAACCCCUGCAUUAACUGGUCAGACACAGCCACUUUUCUGGAUGCCCCUCUACUACUACGACACUGAGUACCCCACCUUCUCCAGGAGCCCCUGUGUCUUUGAGAUGCCUACAGGGUGUCCCUUAGACAGCAAUUUUACUCCAGAUUUGGUGGCCUGGGUGACAGUGGACUUCCUGCACAUCCUGGAUUCUAAGGAUGUCUCCAACAUGGCUAUACUUGGGAACUCCACAGGCUUCCUGCUGCAGCGUUUUGAUAUCCUCCAUGGCAUCGAGAGACACCCAGACACAUUGACUGCAACUACAUCAGGCAGUAGAUCCCUGAAGACAGAGCCUGCCUGGUGCCCUCCUUUCCACUCCAAUGAGACCUACAGUCCUGUGCAAACAGUCUGGCCCUGGAUCCUGCCUAAUAACCCAGGCCGCCACAAAGACAGACAAUUAACCCUUCAACUUCCACUGUGA